UCCCUAUCUCUCUCUCUCUCACCCGCUCCCUCUCAGGCUUUAUUUAUUUAUUUCCUCCUCCAGCAUCCUCUGCUGAACGUUAGAGCAGCAGUCCCGGCAGCGGCAGCAUCCAUGGACUACGUACCCUCACUCGGGUCAGCUGCUCGCUAGGCCUCAAACCCCGCCUCCCUCUGAGUUGCUAUCCUUCCAUCUCUCCGGCUCUUCUAACCGGUUGACAGGCUACGUCUGGGGAGGCUCGCACUGUUAGCCGGGGCGUUAGCCGCGCGGCUGCUGUGCUCAUCAAUUCAACACCGAGCUAACGGCGGCUCCCUCUCUUCUCCCCCACACCUUUGAUUCCAGGCUCCUUGGAGACAGAGGAAUGCAAAUCUGCAACCAUGAUGGAAGGAUUGAAAAAACGUACCAGGAAGGCCUUUGGGAUACGGAAGAAAGAGAAGGACAAUGACUCCACGGGGUCGCCCGACACAGAGGGAGGAGAACCCCAGGAAGUGGAAGCGCAGAGGAAAACAAACGGGGCCCCAAAUGGCUUCUACGGAGAGAUCGACUGGGAAAGAUAUAACUCUCCAGAGGUGGACGAUGAAGGUUACAGUAUCAGACCAGAAGAUGAAGUAGAGGGAGGAGGUGGCACCAAGACCCACUUCUUCUCCUCCGAUGAGUCGGACGGAGAGGAGGACCACAGGAAAAAAUUCAAAAUCAAGAUAAAGCCCCUGCCAGCCGACUGUGUUGUGGUGGAGCCUUCGUUUGAGGAGCUGAAGGCAUCGAUAGGCAACAUCACUCUGUCGCCCUCCCUAAUGAGACGGAGUCCGGGUUUAAAGAGAAACACGUCCAGUGAAGAGAUUGCCAGACCAAGACGUGUUGUCCCGUCUGUGGCCCCCACACCAGCUCCAGCACCACAGCCCCCCUGUCAACAAGCAGCAGUCAGUAGUGAAGACACCACAGCCUUAUUUGGGCCUCCUUUAGAAACUGCCUUUGGAGAUGAGAAAACAGAAGUGGUUCUGUCUCAGUGCGAUGUUUGGGGGGCUCCACUGUCAGAGCCAGAAUCCUCUUUGACGAGGACCUUCCCCACCGGAACUCCUCCUCCACUUCCACCAAAAAAUGUUCCGACACCCCCUCCGACGACGAAUCCCCAAAGUGCAGAGGACUCGGAAGUUUCAGAGGGGGACAUCUCUAUCCGGAAGCCCUCGAUUGCGGAUGUGGAUGAGCUUUUCGGUCCAGAGCGGGACAAUGCUGCUGAGCCAGACGUGGGUGACUCGUGGGUCUGCUUCUCUGACAAAUCUCCAGAGCGGCCACCUCCACCAAAGGACCCAGCGCCUCCGCUGCCCUCAUCCCCACCUCCACCAGAGCAGCCUGCACCGCCUUUGCCAGCGUCCCCACCUCCUCUUGAGUCUCAACCUACAUCCCCACCACCCUUUGAAGACCCAGUACCAUCCCAUCUCACUUCAUUGCCAAAAGAAACUCCAGCUGUGCUGACUUCCCAUCCACCUUCGGAGCCGUCAGCUGCACCUUCAAACCCAUCAGGCCCUUCAACACCCGAAGACAGACAAGCUAUCCCAACUUCUCCCACUCCUAUCUCAUCUCCUUCUUCAUCCCUCCCUCCCUUGGAAUCACCAGCCAGCCCGACUGCUCCCAAAGCCUACACACCACCACUGAUGUCUCCACCUCCCGCGCAACAAUCACGCUCCAUCCCGCCUCCCCUCGUCCUGUCUGAAGACAAUACAACCAAGCACUCUGAAGUGACCCCAUCCAAAGAGGAUCAGGUCGGAACUGUCACCUCGCCCAAAGAUUCGAGCCAAGGGAGCAGAAGUACACCGCCCCCACCACCACCCCCUACAUAUCGGGCUGUCGUCUCAUCACCUGGUCCAGCAUCUACCACUGGUGGCACAGCUAGUGGAUCUUCCUCUCCUGUGCGACCGGCAACACCCUCGUCCGUCAACCCCACCCCUCCACCGCCUCCACCUCGCCCUCCUUCACGGCCAAAACUUCCACCAGGAAAACCCAGUAUAGGAGACGCAAGUCGUCCGUUUAGCCCACCCGUACACUCAGCCAGCCCCCCACCUGUCGCACCAUUGGCGCGGGCAGAGAGCACAUCCUCCAUCUCUUCCACCAACUCCCUAAGCGCUGCCACCACGCCCACUGUGGGUAAAGAACUCUCCGUGUCCGUGUCAGAAGAUGAUGCUUUUGUAGGCAGGCUGCCGACAUUUGAGAGGCGCUUUGAGUCAAUUGCAGAGAAUGACCAGCCAUCCCUUGUAUGGUUUGACAGAGGGAAGUUUUAUUUAACGUUUGAAGGCUGCUCCAGAGGGCCCAGUCCUCUGACCAUGGGGGCUCAGGACACACUUCCUGUGGCUGCUGCGUUCACUGAGACCGUCAACGCUUUCUUUAAGGGGGCUGACCCCAACAAGUGUGUGGUGAAGGUCAUAGGUGAGAUGGUUUUGUCAUUUCCGGCGGGCAUCACACGGCACUUUGCCAAUAACCCCUCCCCCGCCGUGCUAACCUUCAGCAUAACCAACUACAGUCGACUGGAGCAUGUGCUGCCUAACCCUCAGCUGCUCUGCUGCGACACCACGACACAGGCCAAGGCUGAUGCCAAGGACUUCUGGGUCAACAUGCCAAACCUGAUCACUCACCUGAAGAAGGUGGCUGAGCAGAAGCCACAAGCUACGUACUAUAAUGUUGACAUGCUCAAGUAUCAGGUCUCGGUGCAGGGUCUCCAGUCUACUCCUCUUAAUCUGGCAGUGAGCUGGCGCUGUGAUCCCACCAGCACCGACUUGAGAAUAGACUACAAGUACAAUGGAGACGCCAUGUCCACGCCGAUGGCUCUGAACAACGUCCAGUUCCUGGUUCCUGUGGACGGAGGCGUGUCCAAGCUUCAGGCCGUGUUACCGCCUGCUGUCUGGAAUGCAGAGCAACAAAGAGUCCUGUGGAAGAUUCCAGACAUCUCUCUGAAAUCAGAAAAUGGCGGUGUGGGGUCAUUGUUAGCGCGAUUCCAGCUGACUGAUGGUCCCAGUAAACCGGCUCCACUGGCAGUUCAGUUCACCAGUGAAGGCAGCAACCUAUCGGGCUGUGACAUCGAACUGGCCGGGCCCGGGUACCGGUUCUCUCUUAUCAAGAAGAGGUUUGCUGCAGGUAAAUACCUUGCAGACAACUAACCCACAGCUGCUGGAAAAAACAAACAACAACAACAAGAGAACAUAAUGGCAGUGGACGGAGGCUGACGACUGAGGACGGACUCGCGUCCUCUCUCUUGUCGGCCGGACUGGUCCUCCCAGCAGUAUUCUGUCACCUGCAUAAGCAUCGUCUAACUGUUUGAGGUCAAGUAAAUCUUGUAUUUGUAAUGAUUCCAUAACAUCGCUGCAGUUAGACACCCGGUUUCCUUCCUCCUGUUCCCCUGUCUCUUACCUCCUCUGGUCAUGUGAGUGGGAUCACUGCAGCUGCCUGACCCAUCUAGUCAGGUCCAGGCUCAGAACAGUCUGGGCUACUCUCCCUUCAGUAAGUUUAGUUGCUAUGUCCUAUCAGGAUUCACCACUCUCUGAUUGACUCCCACAACUUAUUCACUUGGUCAGAAUCCUGUCGUGACCAACAAUCAAAUCUGGCCUCGCUCAGACGCUGAAUCAUGGAUGAAAAUGGAAAAAGUGAGGUUGCGGUAUGGAUCGUGAUGGUUGCACGUUCAAAGGUGGCAUUUCCAUCUUCAUCUCAAUCAGUGCGAUUGCCGUGGCGAAACAGGAAGUGACAUCAGUAGGUGAUCAAAGUGUUGAGAGAAAACGUUUCAGCAAGCUAAUCCUACGGUGUGGUCUCAAUAUUCUACUAGACUGCAGUGGUUGCUAACUUCAAUCCUGACACUGUAAAACAUAGUUCCCGUGAUGUAAUAAUAGCUUGUGAUCUACUACUGCAGUCCGUUACCUUUCCAUCAUCUGAGGUCACCAGCAUCAUUUAUGACCUAGUAAUGAAACAAUGAUGGUGUAAUAACUGCUACCGACACUGUAAUGAGUGAUUACGAAUGAAGUGAUUUUACUGUUUGUAGCAUCUGUUGCUUCACCCACACACUGUUAUAGAGUAAUAACUGCUUUAAUUUUAAGGUCACUUAUUUCCACUGUUGCUCCAUCAAGAUCUGGCUAUAAAACCAUUUACAGCCUUGACACUCAUCAUCAGGGGUAUUGUAGACUUAAAAUGUGGAUGGAUGCAGUUGAUUCGUAGCCUUUUGCUUUUAUUCUGUUGCGUUGUUGGUUCAGCUUAUUUUUUGAAGAGAGUCGGUAGUUUGCUAACGGUUAGCAUGAAGAGCAGCUCGAUGGAAGUGAAAACCGGACUCAGUAUCAUCUUAAUGAAUGUUUAUUGAGAUACUUAAGCAUCAUGGUAGUGGGCGUUUUUCAAAGCUUUAUACACCUACCUUUAGUUCUCAUGCAGCAUUACAGUGGAUGCAAACUUGAGACUUGAGAAUGGCUUGGUUUUCUUGAAAACAACAUUUCAUAGGCUUCCUAAAGUGAACAGAUGCUCUCUAUCCUGCAGUCCAUUCACUAACGCUACCUAACUAAAAUAGGAGCAGUUGUUCUGAAAUAUUCCAGCUUUAGGCUGCAUGACAGGAUCGUGAAGGUUCAGCGAUGAGUAUUGGCCAUUUAUUUCCCAUUCGCCUAGUAUUUUGACCAAUCCUCCAUUAUGGCAGCUGCAGUGAGGAUAAAUAAAUGUUCAGGUUUCCCUUCAGUGCAAAGCAAAGUGUACAAAGUGUCAUUUUAAAUCAAUAGUCUAUAUCUUAAAGGGCAUUUGGUGUUUUCCUCGUAUUGUCAGAUCCUGUUGCUCCCGGGACGGCAGCGUUAGACUGAACAUUCUAUUUUUAUUUAUUAUUGACUAUUUUGUUGUAAAAAUACAGUGACUCUGUACAUGGCUAGAUUUACUUGGUGAACCCUUAAAGGUAUAAACUUUUUUGUUUUAUGUGUAGUGGGGUAACCUGUGUACAGUAUACGUUUUUUUUUUCAAUUUAUUUCAGAUCUAAUUUUUUAACUCAACAGAAGACCUGAGCUAUAUAUGGGUGGGGCGGGUAAUUUAACGAUGAAAAAUAAAAUGGAUGUCUCCCUGGAUGCUCUGUAAUGCUUUGUGAAAGCAGUGUCGUUGUCGGUGAUGAAACCAUGUAUGUGUGUAUGGACGGUCUUGGAUGGAGUUGAAUCAGGUGGUCAAUAUGAGAUCAAUGGCGGACAACAGCUGCGUUACUGUAAUCUCCAUUGUUCCGCACAAAUGUUUUCCGUGCUGUAGGGAUUUAGAAUUAGAUUUCUAGUUCCACCCGACACAAACAAACUUUAGGGUUUGCAUGCUUCCUCCAAGUAUUCCCAUCGGUGGUGUUGACCUUCUAAUUUAACUCCGCCAAGAUCACAGUGAAACACAUUCAAAAUGUUUUUUUUUAAUGACAAUAAAAGGUUUUCUUCAUGCUGUGUGAAGCAGCUCAGUAUAUUUAUACUUUUUUUUUUUUAACUUUGUUGUGAUAAGUUACAAGAAUAUGGUCUGCUGGUGAGCACCACAAUGUCCUUCCACCAGCGCUUCAGUCCAUGACUUUAUUUUGCUUAACGGUCUCUGUGAGAUGACGAGUUGAAUGCUGAGCGAGGUUCCGUUGACCAAAUGCUUUCUUUGUGUGUGUGCGCGUGUGUGUUUACUGUGUGUGUUUAAAGCAGAUAGCUAGUCCUUCCUACUCCCUCUGGAGGACAAUAUGAGCUAAUUAUUUAUCAAGAAAUGGUGUCUGAAUUAAAAAACGUAUAGACUCAGGGCCAUUGAAGAGACAGUUAGUCAGCUGUAUUUCAUUCUAUAUCAUUGAAUCCGGGUCCCAUGAGGGUUCGGGUUAUUCAUUGUUUUUUUUUUUCUUUUCAUGUCUGAUUUUGAAAUUAAACAUUUUUAUUUAAAAAUGGAUAAGGAUACAAACAGAAUUGUUGAAGGCCCAGUGGUUUUUUGGCUGGACCUCUGAUGGCGAACCUGUCUGAAUUCCAAUUCUGCUCCCUAAUUUGAUACUAUUUUCCCACCAAAACAUGCCGUGUAUCAGACUGGGCAAAGUUGGCAUCUGGAAUUAUGAAGCAAGAGAGGCGAGUGAGGCUGGACAUUGAUGGCAGGCUAUUGAAAUGUUUCUUUUCUGGCAGUAUUGUGGCCAACAAAUAUUCAUUUGCAACGUCUGCUGCUGCUCUCAACUCAUGCUCAGUUCAGAGAUGUUUUGAAAAAUGACUCUAGUGGGAAAAUAUCAAUUCACUUACUAUUGUUUUUUGUUAUGGGAAAAAUAAUUGACUAUAUCCAAGUUUUUUGUAAUUCGAACAACUGCAUCCGUCCGUGAGUUGGGGCCCCACUGUACUUUAAAUAGACCUCAACAAAUAUUUCCUUUUAAAUAUGUCAGUAUUCCUUCUGUGUUUGUUUAAUUUGACGCCACUACUGUCUCACUCGCCUUCAAUGGCCCUGUGCGCAUCCACCUGUGUGACCACUGACGGUGCUCAUGACACUGAAGACAAUGGUCGACUAAUUCUUCUGACAUGAGCAACAGCCCACCUAUUAGCUGCAUCCAAUGGUCCGUUGAUUUCCUCCUAGAUGUCAGGUGCAGCAGACGUUGGUGCCACUGCUCGGCAGACACUGCUGAAGUGAGGUGUGUGGACCGUGGAGUGUCUCUGGGAGCUGUAGGCCCCUUUUUCGGUUCUGUAACCUCGUGCAAGAUCUUUGUACCAUCCAUAAUAAGCUAUGAUCCAUUUAGGUUGCUUCUUUCCAAAACAAUAAAAGUCAUAAUUGGAAUUCUGAGUCUCUU